AUGGAUAAGAAGAAGAACCGUGCUGAUCCACUUGCUGCUGGACGCCAAAAGCUUCAACAGUUUCGUCAAAAGAAGGCUGAUAAAAAGGAUCCCAAGGGAAGUACAAGCCAGGGAAAAUCUUCUAAAAAAUCUGGUAAAUCUGAGAAGCAUGAGGGGAAGGCUGAUAAAAGUUCUGUUAGUGACGAGGCAGUUACAGGAGGAGCUGGUUCUCAUGUGAAGAUUGGUGGGGAGGUUGUUGAUUCUCCACAAGCUUCUGCAGAUGCUUUAUCUCAGGAGUAUGUUUUAGUCCAUGGUUCAUCAUCAGAACCUGAUACGAUUCAGCCGGGAAACACUGCAGAAACUUCUGGGAGUGGAGUUGAGAAGGGAAAAAAUUUAUUGAAUCCUGAAAAUGACGCAUUUAAUAGUGUUGACGGAGUCUUUGCUGCUUCUGGAAACCUAGCGGAGGGGGAAGGAGUUGAAGUUGAAAAGCCGCAUCAGCCAUCAUCUUUGCCUGAAUUUAUUCCUGAUGUUUCCUUGAGUGGUGCAAGGGGAGAUCAGGUAACUGAUGUAGGGGAAAUGCAGGAAGACGGUGGUUCACACAAGGAACAGUUUUCUGAAGCUUCUGCAAAGGCAGAUGUGGAUUGGAUUGCAAUUGAAGAGCGGCAAGCAAGCUAUCCAGCCGUUGUGGAUUCUUCUGCUUCGCCGUCUCACUUAGAGGGAUCGUCAGUUGCAUUUGAUUCAGUUGAACAGGAAGGAAUAACUGGUAAAAUUGGAAGCCAGGAGAUUAGGGAAGCUGCAGAGCUUGGUGAAGAGAAACCAGAGUCGUCUAUUGGUUUUCAUAAUAACAAAGAUCACGUGCUUUCAACUGAACCUGAGGAUAGCUCUAUUCAGCUGCAGUUGCCUCAGAGCGUUAGUAUAUCUGGAUUGUUGAGCCAUGAGGAAACUUGUAAAAAGGACACAUUAAAUCCAUCCGGAGAAGUUUCUACUGCUCAUGUUCAUGAAGGACGCUCAGUUAGCUUCCCACAGCUUAUGGAAAUUGUACAGGGACUUGGUCAAGAUGAAUUUCAAGUGUUGUGCAACGCAAGAGAGGCUGCUUCCUGUGCCGAGCUAGGAACAACUUCGUUGGAGCGAUUAAGAGAAGAACUGUUUGUUUCGAGUACCAUGAAAGAUUUACUCCAUGUGCAACUCACAGAACAGUCUCAUCUACAAAACGAGUUUGAUCAUCAACAUAAUCAAUUGAUAGCUGAAAUAUCACAGCUUCGUGCAUCAUAUAAUGCGUUAACAGAGAGGAAUGAGUCUCUUGUUGAGGAACUAUCAGAGUGCCAGUCUAACCUCUAUGCUGCUACAAGCUCAAAUGAGAAGCUCGAAAAUCAGCUUCUUGCUACAGAAGCACAAGUGGAAGCUUUCACUGCUAAGAUGAAUGAGCUGCAGAGUAGUUUCGAACAGUCCCUAUUGGAUCUAUCUGAGGCCAAAGAAAAGCUCAUCAAUCUUCAGGUGGAGAAUGAUACGUAUGGUGCAAUUCUUUCUUCUUGGAAUGAUGAGAAAAAGGAACUUUUUGAAGAAAAAGAAUCCAAGAAUCCACUGACGGAUGAGAAGGUAAUUCUUGACGAGGAAAAAUAUAAAGUAUUGGGUGAGGCAGAGAAGUUACAGGAAGAAUUGGCUAAAUGUAAGACUUUGAUCGGCUUGCAAGAAGUGGAAAAUUCAAAUAUAAGGGAGACGCUUUCUUCACUGACAGGCCAGCAGACUAAACUUGAAGAGGAAAAACUGCAUCUCACAGAAGAAAAUGAGAAAGCACAUCUAGAACGGAGUGCAUAUCUGAUCUCGGAGACUUAUUUAUUGUCUGAGUAUUCCAAUCUAAAGGAAGGGUAUUCUUUGCUGAAUAAUAAACUCUUAAAGUUUCAAGAGGAGAAGGAACAUUUGGUUGAGGACAAUGAUAAACUUACGCAUGAUCUUCAUAUUCUUCAAGAGCGUAUGUCUACUGUACAAGAAGAGCGGGUUCAUCUAGCAGCUGAGUUAGGAGAAGCUGUAGCCCGCCUUGAUAAAUUGACUGAAGAAAAAACAUCUCUGAGUAGCAGCAUCGAGGUAGAAAAAACAGGAAUUGUAGACAUUGGUAAUGAGGAUGCUUCAGAAUUGAUUAAUCAGGAAAUAUCUGAAACAUCUGGUAGAAGUCUAGAAGUCGGGGUUACAAGUCUCGGGACACAGCCUACAGUUUUGGAGGGGGUAAUAGACGCUUCAUCUGGGUUUUCUUCCUUGAACAAGAAUCUGGAGAAGGGAGAGAAAAUGAUUCAGAACCUUGAGGAGGCAAUUAAGCAGAUCCUCACUGAUUCUUCAUUGAGCAAGUCUAGCAAUAAACCUGACACGCCACCAGUGUCAAAGUUGAUUCAGGCUUUUGAGUUAAAGGGGCAAUCGGAAGAACAGGAAUCUGAAAAAGCACAGUUAACUGGUGAUCAGUCAGAAGCAUUUGUUUCUGUGGAUGUUCGGAUUAGAAAUUUGAGAGGCUUGCUUGAUCAGUUAGCGUUGAAUGCUAGGGAGGCUGGUAUACAAUUCAAUCAGUUAAAUGAUGACAGAACGGCAACAAAUCAACGACUGGAGGAGUUUAAUGUCGAGUUUGCAUCUCACCAGGAUCACGUUAAUCUCCUGGAGGCAGAUACUAUUGAGAAUAAGGUUUCGUUUGAAGCUCUGAAAAAUUAUUCUUGCGAGCUGCAACAGAGAAACCACGAACUUGAAUUUCUCUGUGAAUCAUUGAAGCUGAGAAAUGAUAGCAUGGGUCUAGAAAACACGGAGCUCAACAAGAAGCUGAAUUCUUGCUUAUCGAGAAUUUAUGAGCUUGAAAAUCAGCUGGAAAGCUUACAGAAUAAUUUAAGUAGCAUGUUGUCGUCAAUGGAAGAACAGUUAGUAGCCUUGCAGGAUGAAUCUGAGAAGGCGACGAAGCUAGAACAUGAAUUGACAUCAUCAAUGUCUCAAUUUGGUGAUGCAGUUGUGAGACUUGAUGAUUGUUUACUCAGAUCUGGCGUUACUGGAGCUCAAGUUGGCUUAGAUAUGACCAAACAUAUAUCUGGUUCUGUUGACAUGGCUGUAAAGUUGAUUAACGACCUGGAGGAAAAACUAGAAGUUGCUUAUGCGAAGCAUGAGUCGUCCUCAAACAAAUAUGAGGAGUUGAAGCAGAGUUUCAAUACUCAGCAUGAGAGUAACGAGUUUGUGACUGCUACAAUUCAUAAGGUCUAUACUGAUCUGGCGAAACUGAUUACUGAAUCAUGCGGGUCUGGGGAGAUAACCAAACUUAGAGUUGAAAAUCUAGCUAUCUCUGAUCCUUUUACCGAUGGUAAUUGUGAGAAUCUGAUUGAGGCUGUGCGAAAUAUUCUUUCUGAGAGGCUUGAACUUCAGUAUGUGAUUGAUAAGCUUCAGUCGGACUUGUCGAGUAUAACAAAGGAUAUGGAGGAACUGACGCAGCGAAGCCUUGACCCCACUUCACUUCGAGAAUUAGUUGAGAAAGUUGAGGGUGUUCUAGAACUUGAAAGUGGUGGAAGUAGUUUUGAAUCCCCUAGUUUAUAUGUGGAGUUUCUGGUUUCCCAACUUGUUCAGAAGUUUAUAGAGGCUGAUGAUUUGGCUAAUCUCUUCAGAAAACAAUUAGAGGCCAAGCAUAAUGAGCUGAUGGAGACCCAGGAGAGUUUACUGCACCAUAAAACUGAAAUUGGUGGUCUCAUGGAAAAUUUAAGCGAAGCAGAGGAGUCCCUUGUGGCUGUACGAUCUGAGUUGCAAAAGAAAUCUACUGAACUUGAACAAUCAGAGCAGAGGUUUUUAUCGACUAGAGAGAAGCUUAGUAUAGCUGUUACAAAAGGAAAAGGUUUGAUGGCUCAACGUGAUAAUAUCAAGCAUUCGUUGGCUGAAACCUCUGCUGAACUGCAGAGGCGCUCAGAGGAAUUGAUUUUGAAGGAGACAAGGCUUCAGGAAGUGGAAGCAAAACUUAAGACUUAUGCAGAGGCAGGUGAACGUGUGGAGGCAUUAGAAUCUGAGCUUUCUUACAUUCGCAACUCAGCUACUGCACUUCGAGAAUCGUUUCUUCUUAAAGAUUCUCUCCUUCAAAAAAUUGAAGAGAUUUUGGAAAAUUUGGAUCUCCCUGAGCAUUUUCAUGCUCGAGAUAUACUCGACAAGGUCGAGUGGUUAUCAAGAUCAGCUAACGGCAACUCUUCACGUCCCUCUGAUUGGGAUCAGAAAAGUUCUGAUGGCGGUGCGGGAUAUGUUCUCUCUGAACCCUGGAGGGAAGAUGGUCAAACUGUUACAAGUUCUGAGGGUGACUUAAGGAUCAAGUUCGAGGAGCUCCAGGGGAAGUUUUUUGGCUUGGCUGAACAGAAUGAAAUGCUGGAGCAGUCCUUGAUGCACAGGAAUAAUUUGGUUCAGAGAUGGGAAGCACUCCUUGAGAAUAUUGAUAUGCCUCCACAGCUAAAGUCCAUGGAAGUGGAAAACAAGAUCGAGUGGCUUGCAAGUACAAUAUCAGAAGCUACACAUGACAAGGAUACUCUCCAACAGAAAAUUGACAACUUUGAAGUAUAUUGUCAAUCACUAAGUGCUGAUUUGGAAGCCGCACAAAAGCAAGUAUGUGAUGUCGAGGCAAAUCUUCAAUCGAUUGAUAAUGAGAGGGUCAAUCUUUCUGAAAGAUUGGAAACUCUGAAUGGGGAUCACGAUAAUCUUUCUGCGAGGACCAUUCAGCUUGAAGUUGAGAAUGAGACACUGCAGAAUCAAGUUAAAGAUCUGCACGAAAAAUUGGUAGAGAAACUUGGGAAUGAAGAACAACUUCAGACUAUUGAAGGAGUCCUAUUGAGUUUGAGGUACAUGAUUAAUGAUGUUAUACAGGAAGAUGGCUUGCAGGAUUUGGCUUUAGCGAGUGAUUCGGAGACCUUGGAUGGACUUCUGAGAAAGCUGAUAGACCAUUAUAAGAAUUUGGCUAGUUUGCCACGCGAAAGAGAUGAUAGCUUCUCAGAAAUUCGUCCAUCAAAUGACGAGGCAACUUCUCCUAGGCACAAUCCUGAAACGACUGAUUCUAAUAUACUCGAAGCAACCAGUAGAGACAUAGCAGUAGUAGAGACACCUGAUGUUGCUUCCCUAACCAAAGAUCUUGAAGAAGCACUGCAUGGUCAGAAGCUGGCAAGGGAAGAAAGGGAUUUGUACAUGGAAAAACAGCAAUCCUUGGUUGCUGAAAAUGAGGCACUUGAUAAGAAAAUAAUAGAAUUGCAGGAGCUCCUUAAACAAGAAGAGCAGAAGUCAGCUUCUGCAAGAGAGAAGCUAAACGUAGCUGUCAGGAAAGGGAAAUCUUUGGUCCAACUAAGGGAUAGCCUGAAGCAAACUAUUGAGGAGAUGAACGCUGAGCAUGGUCGCCUUAAAUCAGAGAUUAUUAACCGAGACGAAAUGCUUUUGGAAAAUGAAAAGAAAUUAAGGGAAUUGGAAUCCUACACUUUGAGGAUAGAAGCCCUAGAGUCCGAGUGCCAAUCGUUGAAAAAUCAUUUGCAAGAAACAGAAAAUAUUUUGCACGAAAGAAGUGAUACAUUGAGCAUGACACUGAAUGCGUUGAAUAGCAUUAAUAUUGGUGAUGAAGGUGACAGAUAUGACCCAGUUCUGAAGCUUCAACGGAUCUCGCAAUUGUUUCAGAAUAUGAGUACAGCUGUGUCUUCCGCUGAGCAGGAGUCAAUAAAGUCUAGAAGAGCAGCUGAGUUGCUACUUGCUGAGUUGAACGAGGUUCAAGAGAGAAACGAUAGUAUGCAAGAGGAGCUAUCAAAAUUCACUUAUGAAAUUCAGGAACUUUCCAGACAGAAGGAUGCAGCGGAGUCUGCAAAAGUUGAAGCCAUGUCACAUUUGGAAAAUUUAUCAGUGGCCAACAAUGAAGAAAAGAAGAAGAUAUAUGCUCAAGUGAUGUCCUUUGCAACUAGUUUAACCACUCUGGGGAAAAUACUCGCAGGUACUAACAGUUGCCUAGCUGAUAUUUUCACCCUGGAUAUGGAGUUUCUGCAUCAUCUGAAGGCAAAUAUGGAAUCAUGUGCUAAGCAAACCGGUACUAAUUUGUCUGGCUGGCCUCAAGUUAGUACAGGAAAUUUCGUAGACAAGGAAUUCUUUUCACGCUUGAGUGCUUCCUUGUCUAACAUCAACUUGCAUGAAAUUUCAAAUGGUGGAAGCAUAACUGAAAUUUGUGGCUCUCUCUCACGAAACCUUGAUCAUUUUGUGGCGGAUGUUAGCCAUCUCGAAGAGAAUGUAAGCAACCACCUGGCAUCAUGGCACGAACAGGUCAACAUUGUAUCCAACAAUAUUGACACCUUUUUCAAGUCAGUUGGAACGGGAACAGACUCAGAAAUUGCUGCUUUGGGUGAAAGAGUCGGCUUGCUUCAUGGAGCAUGUUCCAGCGUGUUGGCGGAAAUUGAAAGCCGUAAAGCCGAACUGGUCGGAAAUGACAAUUUCAGCAUGAGCCUCCAUCAAGAAGAAGAGGAUUUUUCGUCCAUGGAGUCUGUCAGGUCCAUGGUAAAUAGGCUAUCGUCAGCUGUUAAAGAGUUUUUUGUAGCAAACGCCGAGACUGUGGAGAGAAAUGAAAAGGAGAUGAAGGUAACCAUUGCCAAUUUGCAAAGGGAGUUGCACGAAAAGGAUAUCCAGAAUGAUAGGAUGUGCAAUGAACUUGUGGGUCAAGUUAAGGAGGCCCAGGCUGGUGCUAAGAUCUUUGCAGAAGAUCUUCAAUCUGCAAGUGCCAGGAUGCGUGACAUGCAAGACCAGCUUGGCGUUUUGGUGCGGGAACGUGAUUCUUUGAAGGAGAGAGUAAAAGAGCUGCAAGAAGGUCAGGCCUCACACUCAGAAUCACAAGAGAAGAUCACAUCGCUUAGCAAGCUACUAGCUGCAAAAGACCAAGAAAUUGAGGCAUUAAUGCAAGCGCUUGACGAGGAAGAGUCACAGAUGGAGGAACUGAAACACAGGGUUACAGAACUAGAACAAGAACUGCAACAGAAGAACCUAGAUUUGCAGAAAGCUGAAACUUCUCGUGGGAAGAUUUCCAAAAAGCUAUCAAUUACUGUGGAUAAAUUCGACGAGCUCCACCAUCUCUCCGAAAAUCUUCUUGCUGAAAUCGAGAAGCUUCAAAAACAAGUGCAAGAUCGAGAUACGGAGGUUUCUUUCUUAAGACAAGAAGUCACUAGGUGCACCAAUGAGGCUCUUACUGCUUCUCAAAUGGACACUAGAAGAGAUUCAGAAGAGAUCCAAACUGUAAUGUCUUGGUUCGAGACCAUAACAUCACUACUUGGUCUAGAAGAUUCAUCUUCCACCGAUGCUCACAGACACUUAAACCGCUACAUGGAGACGCUUGAGAAAAAGAUUGAGUCUAUACUAUCUGAAACAGAGGAAUUACGGCUUGUUGGACAAAGCAAGGAUUCGUUACUGGAAGCUGAGAGGAGUAGAGUGGCUGAGCUUAGACAGAAAGAAGCAACUCUUGAGAAAUUAUUACAUGACAAGGAAUCCCAACCAAGGAGCUCGACUUCAGAGAUUGUUGAAGUGGAACCUCUGAUAAACAAGUGGACAACGAGUGGAACAUCGAUCCCAUCACAAGUCAGGAGUUUGCGUAAGGGAAACAACAACGAUCAAGUCGCCAUUAGUAUAGAUGCAGAUCAAGCUGAUCAAAGUCUUAGCUUAGAAGAAGACGAUGAUAAAGCUCAUGGAUUUAGAUCACUCACCACGUCAAGAAUCAUCCCUAGAUUCACAAGACCAGUGACAAACAUGAUUGAUGGUUUAUGGGUCUCGUGUGACCGGACGCUUAUGAGACAACCUGCGUUACGGUUAGGCAUAAUGAUAUACUGGGCGUUAUUACAUGCUCUUUUGGCUACAGUCGUGAUCUAA